AUGUUGCCCCCUCCAGGUGUAUUUGCUCCUAACCCUCCGGGGCCGGAGAACAACACUCUCUUCAUCACAGUACGCUUCUCCGCGUCAAUACCAGACCUCCGUCUUGACAUCGACUACCCCGAAACCACCACAGCCACAGGUCUCAAGCAAGCCAUCCGAGCUCGGCUCCCACCAAGCUUAUCCUCGCAUCGUCUCCGUCUGAUCUACGCUGGUCGUGGUCUCGAAGAUACCACCCCGCUAGCUGUCUCCCUCAAGUUACCACCUCCCUCAAAUCGGUUCUCCAAGUCAUUAUCGGCACCAGACAAAGAUGCAGCCAGCGAGGAUACCAGUAAUCAGGGCAUAUCUACAAAACGGGACAAGGGCAAGGCACCCAUCCGUGAACCACCACGGCUCUAUGUUCACUGCUCAAUUGGUGAUAUUGUCUUGAGCGCCGCAGACCUCGAAGCCGAAGCUGCGGCUGUUUCAACGCUUCAAAUCCAGGGUCACAACUCACACCGGUCUAACGAUGAGAAAACCAAAGAUUCUCACUCUCGCCAGCAAAGUCAUGACGGCCAAGCCUCUUCUUCCACGAUACCCGCGCCGCGAGGAUUCGACCGACUACUAUCAGCCGGGUUUACUGCGGCAGAAGUCACAGCCCUCCGAUCUCAGUUCAUGGCUACUCUAUCUGUUUCUCGUACUCGGGAUACGAUGCCUACUGGGGCAGAACUACGUGAGCUUGAGGACAGAUGGUUAGAUGAGGGGUCAUCGACAAUGGCGACGGGCGGAACUGUCGCGGGUGGAGAGGGAGUUUCAUUCACGGAUGAUGAUGGCGGCUUUGGGUCGAACUCAAGGGGAGCGAUCGAUGAUAUGCUCUGGGGUGCUGUCAUGGGGUUCUUCUGGCCUGUUGGUUGUGCGAUGUGGUUACGUAGGGAGGAAGGCGUCUGGAGCUGGCGGAAGGGGUUGGCGGUGUUUGUGGGCGUGGUGGUUAAUAUCGCCUUCGGAGCGAUGCGCAUUAUGGGUUGA